GAAGUAACGCUGGGUGACGCAAACUAAUUAAGCAUGAAUCCGCAACUGGCGUAUGGGCAGUAUCCGCCACAAAGCUGGCCACAACAGCAAGUUGCGGCACCGCAGGCGGGAGGACCCCCACCAAUGCCUAUGCCAGGCAUGAAUGGAACACAACCCAAUAAUCAAUUGACCAAUCAGAUGCAGAACAUGUCUAUAGCGGGUCCUCCGUUAGGCCAACCACAACAGGGACCACCCAAAAUGGGAGUGCCGAAUGUGAAUGGUCCAACUGUAGGAGUACCACCACCGUCAGCAUUUCCUUCAAACCAGCAGCCUCCAAUGGUACGGCCACCAUCGACCGGCGGUCAAGUACCGGGUGGAUAUGCGCCACCACCACCAACUCAACAGCAGCCGCUACAACCGCAAGGACCGCCUAUGAUGAGUAAUGGACCGGCAGGGCCUCCUUCGGUCGGUGCUGUUAGACCUCCGGCACCAACUCCCGGAACAUAUGAUCAAACAAAUGGCCAUCAAUUGGCUCCUCCAGGUCAGCAGUUUGGAGGAUCUGUGCCACCAAUGGCAGCGGGGCCCCCACGUCCUGGGCAACCAUUUCCACCUCAGUCAGCCGGAUUUCAGCAACAGCAGCCCGGCGGGGUACCGCCACCCCAAACACAACCCGGCGGUCCGUAUGGUGCACCCCCCGGAGGAGUUUCGCAGGGCCAGCCACAGCAACAAUACCCUGCAGCGCCAAUGCCGGGACAACCGAUGGCUCCACAGCAACAGCAACAAGGGUAUCCACCACAGCCGGGCCAGAUGCCUCCAAUGGGUGGUCAAAUGCCUCCAAGAGGUUAUAAUCAAAUGCCGCCUGCACCGGGAUAUAAUCAAAUGGCUCCAAUGGUCGGUCAGCCUCAGCCGCAACAGCACCAGCAGCAACAACAGCAACAUCCGCUUCAUCAACACCAACAACCACAGUACCAUCAAGGAGGGCCAGGCAUGAUGGGCGGUCACUAUCCAGCACCCCCACCGGUACCACAGCAGAAGCGUCUCGACCCAGAAUCUAUGCCCAAUCCCAUCCAGGUGAUGGCCGAAAAUCAGGAGAACUGUGGCGGUAUCUUCGCCACCAGCCAGCCCGGUCAGCUGCCACCGCUCGUGACGACCCAGUUCGUUACCCAAGACCAGGGCAACGCAAACCCGCGCUUUGUCCGUUCGACGAUGUACAACAUUCCGCAGACGGCUGACAUGAUGAAGCAGAGCGCGGUUCCGUUUGCGCUCAUUCUCUCGCCCUUCGCACGCCAGGCCGAGGGUGAGCUACCGAUACCGAUCGUGGACUUUGGCGAGAUGGGUCCGAUCCGGUGCAUCCGCUGCAAAGCGUACAUCUGCUCCACGAUGCAAUUCCUGGAUGGCGGUCGCCGAUUCCAGUGUCAAUUCUGUAAGGCAACGACCGAGGUGCCACCGGGCUACUUCCAGCAUCUCGAUCAUACGGGCCAGCGGAUGGAUAAGUACGAGCGGCCAGAGCUGAUGCUCGGCACGUACGAAUUUGUCGCGACGAAGGAAUACUGUCGCAACAAUAAACCCCCGAAACCACCGGCCAUGGUGUUUCUGAUCGACGUGUCGUACAACAACGUCAAGUCCGGUCUGGUACAGCUGCUGUGCACGGAGAUGAAGCACAUCAUCCGCAACCUGCCCGUUGAUGUGAACGCACAGCGCACAUCGAUGAAGGUUGGCUUCAUCACGUACAACAGCUCGGUGCAUUUUUACAAUUUGAAAAGUUCGCUCGCCCAACCACAGAUGAUGGUGGUGGGUGAUUUGCAGGAAAUGUUUAUGCCACUGCUCGACGGUUUUCUGGUCGAUCCGGAAGAAUCGGCCACCGUCAUCGAUGCACUGAUGGAUCAGAUCCCGAAGAUGUUUGGCGAUACGCGCGAAACGGAAACAAUUCUGCUGCCAGCGCUGCAAGCCGGGCUCGAGGCACUGAAAGCGUCCGAAUGCGUCGGCAAGUUGUACGUGUUCCAUUCGUCGUUGCCAAACGCGGAAGCUCCCGGCAAGCUGAAGAUACGCGACGAUCGUAAACUGCUCGGUACGGAUAAAGAAAAAACGGUACUCACACCACAAUCGACCGUGUACAAUAUGCUGGCACAGGAUUGCGUUGGUGCCGGCGUUUCGGUGGAUUUGUUUGCGUUCAACAAUGCUUACAUCGAUUUGGCUACAAUCGGGCAGGUGGCGCGGUUGACCGGUGGCGAAGUUUACAAGUACACCUAUUUCCAGGCGGACAUCGAUGGUAGACGGAUGGUGAACGAUCUGUUGAAAAACAUUUCUCGCCCGAUCGCAUUCGAUGCGGUGAUGCGUGUACGUACCUCGACCGGGGUGCGUGCAACCGACUUUUACGGUCACUUCUUCAUGACUAACACGAAGGACAUUGAGAUUGCCAGCAUUGAUUGCGACAAAUCCGUGUCGGUGGAAAUUAAGCACGACGAUAAACUGACGGACGAGUUUGUAUUCAUCCAGGUGGCCCUACUGUACACCUCGUGUUCGGGCGUUCGUCGGCUGCGCGUACACAACCUGACGCUCAAGAUGUGCACCUCACUGUUGGAUUUGUUCCGCUGCUGUGACCUCGACACAACGAUGCUGUACUUUGCCAAGCAGGGACUAACCAAGCUGAUGGACAACAAUCCGAAAGCGGUGAAGGAUGCGAUCGUACAUCGGGCGGUACAGCUGCUCGCCUGCUACCGGAAGCAUUGCGCUUCACCGACCUCAUCGGGGCAAUUAAUUUUGCCAGAGAGUAUGAAGCUGUUGCCACUGUAUGUGAACUGUCUGCUGAAGAAUGACGCAUUCUCGGGUGGGUCGGACAUUUCGAUCGAUGAUCGUUCGUACGUGAUCUACUACGUGAUGACGAUGGAUUUGCCCACCUCGGUGCAUUAUUUCUAUCCGCGUUUGAUACCGCUCCACGACGUGAAUGUCGAGUCGGAUAACGUCCCAGCGGCCAUUCGUUGUACGGGGGAUAAGAUGCAUGAGGACGGUGCAUACAUUUUAGAAAACGGUGUUCAUAUGUUCUUGUGGCUAGGGUUGUCCCUGUCGCCCGAGUUCACCCAGUCGGUGUUCGGUGCGCAGUGCACCCAGCAGAUUGAUACGGAUCGUACGGGUUUGCCAGUAUUUGAUAAUCCUCUUUCGAAGCGUGUACGAGGUAUUGUAGAGAAGUUACAAGACCAAAAGCGCCGUUGCAUGCGACUAACGCUUGUAAAGCAACGUGACAAACUGGAAAGUGUACUGCGACACUUUUUGGUCGAGGAUCGUGGCACCAGCGAUGGGUCGGUCAGUUACGUCGACUUCCUCUGUCACGUGCACAAAGAGAUUCGGCAAAUGUUGAGCUAGCUGGCCAACACCACGCCCCGCACCAGCGGCAAUAUAGCAAGCAGUUUUUUCUCUGGAGGAAGGUUUAGAUUUAAUAACAACCACGGCAAUGGCAAUGGCGGAAGCAAAACGACCGUUUCUGCUGCAUCUACUAUUAAUGCUACUUACUAUGCUACACGCG